AAAUAGAACCAUUGCACCAUACUGAAGAAAUACCCCAGAAAAGUAGUUCCGCUUCCGUAGUUGACAAAAAAUUAUCAAAUGUGAAUAAUAAAGACGAUAACGUCGCCAGAAGAAGUUUCCGAUUAUAAUUUAGCUUUCAUAACACUAUUUCCCGAAAAUUGUGAUAGGCAUUGAGAAAAAAAACGGUGAGGAUUAAAGAAAGAUGUUCAACUUGCAAGAAAGAGCUAGACAACAAAAAGAUAGGCAAAGAAACGGUCGUAAUAGAGCCACACUUAGAGAUAAAUUAUUGUUAAGAGAAGUGCCAGCGUUGCAAAAAAUUAAGCCGACCACUUGCGAUUACUUUUUUGAAGACCAAGACGCUUUACAUAACUUUUUCUUACAUAUUAAACCUACCGAAGGACCUUGGCGGGAUGGCUUAUUCAAAUUUGAAGUGACUGUACCAGACGACUAUAAUAUGAAGCCUCCUAAGGUCAAGUGUCAUACGAAAAUUUGGCAUCCGAAUAUCAACGAAACCGGAGAAGUUUGUUUAUCUCUCUUACGGGAGGUAUCUGUUGAUGGAAUGGGCUGGGCACCUACGCGCAGUUUGACUGAUGUUGUUUUAGGGCUUAACUCGCUCUUUAAUGUAAAUGAUCUGGUCAAUUUUAAUGAUCCGCUAAAUACUAAUGCUGCUGAUCAGUAUCAUAGGGAUAAGGAUGAAUUUACCAAAGUUGCAAGAGAUUACGUCCAUCGUUUUGCUAAGAAACGAUGACAUUCUUCUAAAGUGAAGUUUCUUUUCUUCUGGGCACUUUAUAACAAUAUUGACUCUAAAUUAAAAUUUUUCUGGUGCGAAAAGUUGAAAAAUAUUUAUGAUGUAGAAAAUGUAAAACUCGUAUAUACAUAAUAUAUAUAUACGUAUGUUAUGUAUAUAAGUUUAUUCAUUUAUGCAUUGAUAUAUCUUUUUAUGUAUUAAAAUUUUUAUGAUAUAUGUAUGUAUGUUUGUAUGUACAUGUAUGGUAUUCAAAACCAGUUUUAAGAACUUCUGGAUAAAUCUCAACUUAUUUACAUCUUAAAAAAGGAAAUGGCUUUUUUUUAAAGACUUUCUAUAUACAUAUUUAGUUUGAACUUAUUUACCUUUGAUAGUAAUAUUUAAUAGAAUCAUUGUUUAAAAA